AUCAAUCAGAGCCCUAGAAAAGGCAAUUUGCGCUUCGAUUCUUUGGCGAUGGCGACCGAGACGGUGUGUGCGAUCACCAGCGUGGAGUUGUGGCAGGCCAAGUUCAAGGAGGCGGAAGAGGGCAAGAAGCUGUUAGUGGUGGAUUUCACUGCGACGUGGUGCGGCCCUUGCAAGGCCAUAGCUCCGAUCUUCCUGGAGUACUCCAAGACGUUCACGGAUGCGAUCUUCGUCAAGGUGGAUGUGGAUCAAAUGCCUGCGAUCACUACCGAGUGGAAGGUCGAGGCGAUGCCUACUUUCCUCUUGAUCAAGGAAGGCAAAGUGGUGGACAAGAUCGUUGGAGCGGACAAGGACCAGUUGAAAAAGAAGCUCCAGCUCCACACUGGAGCUGGAGUGCACGCCUAGGCUAGUCAAGAAAAGAAUGGGACGAUUUCCAUACUACUAAGAAGUAAGCAUUCGUGCUUUUAAGUUUAUAGAAGAAGAAAACCUUUGUCGUUGAA